UUGGGCAUCACUGAUCUAUACCGUUGACUCGAUCGAGUGUCGUCUGCUUGGUGUGAAAGGGACGUAACCUCUCAUCAGUUGUUACUUCAAAGCACUGUGAAUUGGUAUAAAUCAACUAAUACUGCCACACAGAUAUACAGCAGUUACAUAAUAAUCCACUAAAUACUGCUAAAUUAUUAUUCCUAAAUGUUUUCUUUUAUACUUUCGUGAAAGUGCUUUAUCAUUAUUUAUUGAGAGGGUUAGAGACUUACAUAAAGGGCGGGAGCUGUCGGUGUAGGAUUUCGAUCGACGAUACGUAGCAAAAAAUCUUUCUAUCAGCCAUCUGAUGCCAGCAUGCCUAAAUCAAAUAAUCCACCAAAAAAAGCGAAGAGCAGAAAAGAUUCAGAAAAUAAGGUACUGCCAGUUGAAUGUGAUGAAGAUAAAGAUGUUCAAGUUGUUUCCAUGAGGAAAACUCGAAGUCAUGCUAAAACUUAUAAUGCUACUAAAAGCAGUGUAAAUGUGACAGAUGCUCACAUUUCAAGACAUUUGAAGAAUCAGAUGUCAGUCUCUGAGGUAAAAGUAAAAUCCAAGACAAAAGAAGAGUGUAAACCAUCAGCCAUGGCUGCCCAAAGAAGAGGAAGAUCACUGCUGCAAAAAGAGGUGGAUUCUGGGCUAGAACAACUUCAAAAAAGGAGGCAGACUGUCGUGAAAAGAGAAAAGCAAGCCUCCUUUCAAAAAGAUCUACUAAGAGGUUCCAGGAAAAGAUCAUCAGAACUUGCAAUUAAAAGUAGCACAAACAAGAAAGCAAGACCAAGUGUUAGUAAAAUGCAUGUUGAGGAUGAUUCUUUUUCAGAAACAGAGCACUCCCACACUGAUCUUGACAAAAAUUCAAAAAUGUCAAAACUUGACAAAUCUGCUGAUCUUAAAAAAUCAUCACGCAAGUCUUCACGACAGCAAACAAAAAGAACAGGAAAGAAGGAAAGUGCAGCUGAGUUAUGCAAAAGGAUGACUGGACGAAAAAAAUAUUCAAACCUUAGAGAAAAGGACUCAGACAAAGAAAUCAGGCAUGUGGAGAUGCAUGCUAGCAGCAAGGAUCUUGAGCAUUCCAAAGAAGUAGACAGAAAUAAUCUUCAGGUUCGAGCUGAUGAUGCUAGACCUCACAGUGGUGAUCUGAACAUUCGGACUGAAGAGUCUAGUUCUGAUUCAGACUUUGAAGAUGUGACCACAGAUUAUAGAACUCCAAGCACUUCUCCCUUAUCACAGACUGUAAUCUCUUCUGGAGUCAGCCGAAAACUGGAAUCUAGCUUUUCAGAAAUGGAAAUCAGUCCAGUUAAACAAAACGACCUACAGUUGAUUACAGAUGUUCCUUUCACAUACAUGAAAAAUAAAAAGUCUGAAAAUCUUCCAAAAGAGGAGAAAGAAAUUUCAAAGUGUGACUCUAAAGGCACAAAAGAUUCAUCAAGCAAACAAUGUAAAAGGAACAAAUUAACUUUAGCUUCUUCUCCAGAUAAAGUAGUUGGCAAAUUUAGGCCAGCUGUAUUGACUGUAGAUGAAAUGGAUGUGACUGCUGUUUUGCUGAAAAUGGAAGGAAAGGCUGACCAGAAAGCAGCAGAUGUGAUGUCAACCUCAGAAAAUUCUGAAGAAUCAGAUUGGGAAGAAGUUGAAGAGUACAAGCACAGUCCUGUGAAAUCCCAGAUACCAGAUGCACCAGUGGAAAUUACUAUCAAUGACCCAACCAUGCUUCACAAAAAAAGAGAGAAAAAGGCAUUUGACUGGAGAAAAUAUGUAAAGCAAAGAAUACAGAGGCUGGCAAGAGAGACUCAAAUGGAGAUGCACAAGGUUCAUCUGCUGUGUUUGCUGAGUCAUGGAAUGCAACAGAACUCUGCGUGUAAUAAUGAAGAAGCACGUGCUUUUGCUCUUUCACUUAUUUCUCCUGAAGACCUUAAAAAAAAGGUUUCAAAACAUACCACAGAGAGCUUGCAGACUUUGGUGAAGUGGUUUAAAAUGUCAUUCAGAUUGGACAACUCUGGUGCCUCACCAAAAAUCUCACUGAUUUCACCAACUACAAUCUCUUCAGCAUUUGCCGAAAGGACUGCACACGACAUAAGACUGUUUGUAAUGAUGUUGAUUGUGUUCCUAAGAGUGAUGGGAUUUAAUGUGCGCUUGGUGAUGUCACUGCAUCCUUUGCCCAUGAAGCUAUCAAAUGCCGCUUCAAACAAGGGCCUUCAGAAAAAAGAGAAAAAAAGCAAAAGUCCAAACAGUUCAAAUUCUCCUAAUGUCAAUGACAAAGCUGAAAGCAAAAUUUCAGAAAAAGUAUCUCGAAAAAGACAGUCGAAAGAAAAGCCAGGUCUGCCAAACAACCCACAAAAAAACCCAAAGCAAAUUUUCAGAGUUUUGCCAAGAAUUCAAAGAGGCCUGAGCUACAAAGUUCCUCCUCCAGCAGUUACGAUAGUGAAGACCAGGAGACUUCUGCUGUGCUAGUCAGGCGGAAGUCUGUCAGGUCAAAGGCAU